AUGGACUCAUAUGGUAACUCGUUACAACCGAUAGAUCGCGAAUUGGCUUUGCAAAAAUCCAGCCUUGACAAAGGCGUAGCUCUGCCAAGUCUACGUGUGCUCAUGGUUUCUGUAAACUUUGCAGAUGUCAUAUUACAGGUCUGGUUGACAGCAUGCAGCCUGCCCAUGCUCGAUAAGAUGAUAUUCAUGGGAAAUGCUACCUCGACUCAUCGUGAUAACACCAGUAUAUCGGCUUUGCUGCUCAAGCACGGUCUUGAACUUACACACUUUGGAUUCACUGCCGAUUACAUAACGACCCACACUUCCACAAAGUACCUGACUUUUAUGACAACCACGCUCUCUCAGAUUUCAAGCCUAUCCGUCGUCGGAAUAUCUACUCCACUCAGGACCUCGUUUAGCUUUGAUAAUAUUCCAGUUUCAGUCACUGAGAUUAUUUUUCGCGGCACCAAUCUAAGAGUAUUCCGGGAACUGAAAUGGGCAGUGCAGCGAAUGCCCCCAGUACGAGCAUUGCGUAGUUUCCGCAUCAUUCGGGAAUACAGAGCUGGGAGACCCUGGCUUUGGGAACCUGUCAUGAGAUAUGCGAAUGAAGGGAGAUUCCAGAUUGGGAAGAGGUUUAGGAAACCUGUUAUGAAACUAUAA